AUGAAUCCUCUACUAGAUGACACUAAACGGCGGGGAAAUCAAAAAAUGAGCGCGAGCACGAGUAUAAGCAUGAGGCCCAGCCCUGCCCAUCGAUUACUUUCCGAUCAAAUACCAGAGCGGUUUAGAGAUGGGGACGAUGCCCAAGUUGAUUUCACAGCUCCUCCACGCGGUUCCCGAGAUGGAAAUGUGUACAUGCAACAGUCCCUUUUUUCUGUGAUCGCCGCAGUUGGCUCUCGAUCUGACUUCCGUGCUCGAUUUGACGACUCUAGUGAUGACGAGGAAGAAACAAGCAGACUUCCACAAAGCGACCCUCGUCCAAAUGUCUCAGAUCAGAAAAUCCCAAGUCGUGAAACUUCAACAGGCCCGUUUCAGGCUAUCGUUCCCAUCGACUCCAUGCCCCGAAAUGACACCGAAGACCGGGGACGUCGUCCUCGGCGGGCUAUCUCGGAGAGCAAAUUCAUUCGGAAGAUACCUGGGAUAGAGUCCCAGGAUAAAGAAAAUGAUUUUAUGACCUCAAGCACAUCAACUCUCAAAGUGCCUCCAAGACGAACACGUAGCGCCACACCGAGAGCAGCUCCAGUUCUUACUCAGAUGGUGCAAGCCCAGAAUCGGUUUGAUACUACUGCUGCGCCGGAGUUUCCUCCGUCGAGACCGGAGACACCGAGUGAAGAUAGACCGCAAACAUCAGGGUCAGCCCUCUCCACGCGGCUGAUGGAGAUGUUUGACUUUGAAAGUCCUGAAAAAGUGUUGGUGGAGUAUGCCUGUUCGUUACUCCAAAGUAUGUUACUUCAGGGUUACAUGUACGUCACUGAGGGGCAUAUCUGCUUUUAUGCCUACCUUCCGAAAAAGGCCAGUGCGGCUAUCAAAUCUGGAUAUCUAUCCAAAAGUGGCCGCAAAAACCCGAAGUAUAAUCGGUACUGGUUCGUUCUCAAGGGUGAUGUCUUUUCAUACUAUGCAGACUCCUCGAACCUUUACUUCCCCAGUGGCCACGUGGAUCUUCGAUAUGGAAUUUCAGCAUCUCUUGCGAAACCCAAGUUCAAAGAUGCCGAAGUGAAGGACUUCCAGGUCACUACCGAUCAACGAACCUACUACUUCAGGGCAGAUAGCCCUACAAGCGCGAAGGAAUGGGUGAAGGCACUUCAAAAGGUGAUCUUCCGUACGCAUAAUGAGGGCGACAGCGUCAAAGUAUCAUUUCCAAUUGAAAAUAUCAUCGAUAUCGAAGAAAGUCCGAUGUCUGAGUUUGCUGAAACUUUCAAGAUUCGAGUUGUUGAUAGCGGAGAGACUUUUGCAAUCGAUGAGUAUUUCUUCACUUUCUUCAACUCUGGUCAAGACGCCUUCAGCUACUUGAAGAGCUUGGUCAAUCAAUCUCCCGCAAGAAACAUAUCUGAAGAUCACGGGUACCGCAAGGGUAAACUACGACCAGAAGCUGAUGCGACUGAGAAAACAUCACCGGAUAGCAGUGAUCUUCUUUCCUCUUUAAGGAUAAGCGAUAUACCCUACAAGCGCAGUGCAAGUGCCGAGAACGGACCCCAAGAUUCUACGGACUCCUUCGUCAACUCCAUCGAUCAAGGAACUGAGCCAUCCAUCAUGCAGUCAGUUACGGAAACAAAUGAGUCCGCCAGUCAAAUACUCAAUCGAAGCGAUGUCUUCCAAUCACCGACUAUGCGGAUAUUGCCAAGACGUCCAUCCGAAGUAAGGAACUAUAGACGGAGAUCAAACGAUACAACUUUAUCCGCUUCUCCGGGACUGGGCCUUUCAGUAGACGUCAAUGUGGAUAAUAGAGAAAGCUCUAUCGAUGAUUCUGCAGAUCAGAAACACAAUUACCCAAAUGCAACCGGCUACCCAUUUCAGCGUGCGGCCGGAUUUGCCGAAUAUUUAAAAAGCAGGUCAAAGCAGAUGAGCAGUCUACUGGCAACAGAAUCAAUGGGGUAUAUUGAAAAGGUGUCUGGCAUGUGGUCCGGAAGCCAGAAACACUAUGGAGAAACUGAGGGGGUGCUGACUGAGGACCAAGAUAUCUGCGCGGAGGAUAAAGAAGGUGACUCCAACUACGGUGAUCGAUUCCGUGCUCAUUUUGCACUUCCACCGACGGAAAAGCUACAGGCAACAUAUUAUGCCUAUUUGCACCGUGUCCUUCCACUUUACGGCAAGAUCUAUAUCAGCGAGAGGAAUCUCUGCUUCCGUAGUCUGAUCCCAGGAACUCGAACCAAGAUGAUACUGCCAUUCAAGGACGUUGAGAACGUUGAGAAAGAAAAGGGAUUUCGAUUCGGUUACCAUGGAUUGGUUGUUAUCAUCCGUGGUCACGAGGAGCUCUUCUUUGAAUUCAAUGCUUUUGAAGCGAGGGACGAUUGCGCCGUGACUUUGCAUCAAAAUCUAGAAGCUGUCAAGUUCCUCAAAGAAUCGGGGUUGUUGCCAGAAGAACAACGCGAAGAAGUUGAAGCAGCCAAGGUCGAACACCUCAUGCUGCAAGAAGCUCGACUCGACGGCUCUGAAGUGGAAGAAUCACACGCAACUUUGAAUGAGAGUUCGUCAGAAAUUCAUCCGUUCUUUGAUGACCCACGAGCUUCCAUCAUAAACUUCAAACCUACUGAAUCCCUAAGAAUUACUUGUCUAACCAUUGGUUCCCGGGGCGAUGUUCAGCCCUACAUUGCCCUAUGCAAAGGCCUUAUGGCCGAGGGGCACCGGCCGAAAAUUGCAACUCAUGCAGAGUUUGAGCCAUGGAUUCGUAGCCAUGGUAUUGAUUUUGCUCCUGUAGACGGAGACCCUGCAGAACUCAUGCGGAUCUGCGUGGAAAACGGGAUGUUUACAUAUUCUUUCCUUCGAGAAGCAUCGCUAAAAUUCAGAGGGUGGAUCGAUGACUUGCUCUCAUCUGCCUGGGCCAGUUGCCAAGACAGUGAUCUUCUCAUCGAGUCACCGAGUGCGAUGGCUGGAAUUCACAUUGCUGAGGCUCUUCGCAUUCCUUAUUUCCGUGGCUUUACUAUGCCCUGGAGCAGGACUCGUGCGUAUCCACAUGCCUUUGCAGUGCCAGAGAACCGGAUGGGUGGAGCUUACAACUACAUCACCUACGUUAUGUUUGACAAUAUUUUCUGGAAAGCAAUUGCGGGUCAAGUCAAUCGUUGGAGAAAUAGCGAAUUGGGACUCAAAGCCACAAGCUUGGAUAAGCUUCAGCAGAACAAGGUUCCAUUCUUGUACAAUUAUUCGCCUUCAGUGGUGCCACCACCUCUUGACUAUCCGGAUUGGAUUCGCAUCACCGGCUACUGGUUCCUAAACGAGGGGCUGGAUUGGACUCCACCGAAGGAGCUAUCAGAUUUCAUUAGCUGUGCCCGGGCUGAUGGCAAGAAGAUUGUCUAUAUUGGCUUUGGAUCUAUCGUUGUAUCAGAUCCGGCCGCUUUAACCCGAACUGUCGUUGAAUCCGUUCAAAAGGCUGGCGUUCGGUGCAUCCUCUCAAAGGGCUGGUCAGAUCGACUCGGUGACCCUACAAGCAUAAAGGUUGAGAUUCCAUUGCCACCAGACAUUUUGCAGAUUCAGUCUGCCCCUCAUGACUGGCUCUUCUCUCAAAUCGAUGCAGCCGCCCAUCAUGGAGGAGCAGGCACAACUGGUGCAAGUCUCCGAGCUGGUGUCCCAACUAUUGUCAAGCCUUUCUUCGGCGACCAGUUCUUUUUCGGUGGCCGAGUUGAAGAUUUAGGUGUUGGCAUCUGUAUGAAAAAGCUGAAUGUCAGCAUUUUUUCACGAUCGCUCUGGGAGGCCACUCACAGCGAGCGAAUGAUCCUCAAGGCUCGCAAUUUGGGCAAACAGAUCCGAAGUGAAGAUGGUGUUGCCACUGCAAUCCAGGCCCUAUAUCGUGAUCUUGAAUACGCUAAGACGCUUGCAAGACAGCGUUCUAAUAUCUCGUCCACCCCGUUCUCACCAACACCUUCAGCCCAGGCUAUACCAGACCACGACGACGAUAUAGAUGAACUCGACGAGUGGACCUUUGUUGGAGAGGAGACUGGCUUAAGCCUUUCUAAGAGAAUGCGUGACCGCGCCGCCUCGGAAGCCGACAAGAUGGCAUCCAGCAUGAUUCUACCGUGA